UACAGUUCCCGGCAUGCUUUGGUGCUCUUAAUCCCCUCCCUUCGCUCCUUGGGCUCUGCUGGGAUGGGAGCGGGGCGGGAAGCAGGCGGCGCCCUCGGGUCACUUCUUCGUCGGCGGCAGCUGCGAAAGGCUUCAAGCUGGAGGCGGCCGGGGGAGAUGCCAUGUCCCAUGCCAAGCCAGGCCCCGUGCAAAUCGUGCUUGUGCACAAGGCACAGCACUCCUUCGAGCUCGACGAGAAUGCCCUGAGCCGCGUCCUGCUGCAGGAUGACAUCCGGGACCUCGACGUGGUGGUGGUUUCGGUGGCCGGCGCCUUCCGGAAGGGCAAGUCGUUCCUCCUGGACUUCCUGCUGCGUUACCUUUACACGCAGAAAGCAGGAGGCAGCACUGAGUGGCUGGGCAGCAAGGAUGAACCCUUGACGGGCUUCUCCUGGCGCGGCGGCUCCGAGCCCGAUACUACCGGCAUCCAGAUCUGGAGCGAAGUCUUCAUCGUGGAGAAACCCAGUGGGAAGAAGGUGGCGGUUGUGCUGAUGGACACUCAGGGAGCCUUUGACAGCCAAUCGACGGUCAAGGACUGCGCCACUAUUUUCGCACUCAGCACCAUGACGAGCUCUGUUCAAAUAUACAACCUGUCCCAGAACAUCCAGGAAGACGAUUUGCAGCAGCUACAGCUCUUCACUGAAUACGGGCGCUUGGCCAUGGAUGAGAUAUUCCUCAAGCCAUUCCAGACCUUGAUAUUCUUGGUCCGUGACUGGAGCUUCCCUUACGAGUAUCAUUACGGUCUGGAAGGCGGCAUGAAGUUCCUGGAGAAACGGUUGGAGGUGAAAUCACAUCAGCACGAGGAGAUCCAAAAUGUCCGGACGCACAUCCAUUCAUGCUUCACGAAGGUCAACUGUUUUCUUCUGCCGCAUCCAGGCCUAAAAGUGGCCACCAGCCCAAAUUUUGAUGGACGUCUGCAAGACAUUGCAGAGGAGUUCAAGGAUCAGCUGAUGCAGUUGGUCCCCUUUGUAUUGGAUCCAAGACAGCUCUUGGAAAAGGAGAUCAAUGGCUCCAAAGUGACCUGCCGAGGCUUGCUUGAGUACUUCAGGGCUUAUAUCAAGAUCUACCAGGGAGAAGACCUUCCCCAUCCCAAGUCCAUGUUGAUGGCCACUGCUGAAGCCAACAACCUGGCUGCUGUCGCUUCAGCAAAGGACAUUUAUUACACCAACAUGGAGAUGCUCUGUGGUGGGGACAAGCCGUACGUGGCACCCGAGUUGCUGGAGGAGAAGCACCGCGUGCAGAGCGCUUUGGCCGUGCAGCACUUCCAGCGCAUCAAGAAGAUGGGUGGCAAGGAGUUCAGCCAGCGCUACGAGGAGGAGCUGGUGAAGGGGCUGAAUGACCUCUUCCAGGACCUGGCCAAGCACAACAAUAGCAAGAACAUCUUCGCAAGCUUCCGGACGCCGGGUGUCAUCUUCAGCCUCAUCGUGUCGCUUUACCUGGGCUCCGGCCUCACGGGUUACCUCGGGCUCGAGCUUGCGGCCCAGCUCUGCAACGUACUCGUGGGGCUGCUGCUCCUCUCCCUCACGGCCUGGGGCUACAUCCGCUAUUCUGGCCAGUACCGCGAACUGGGGGUCAUCAUUGACACCACCGCCGAGUUUCUGUUGGAAAGGGCCACUAACCGCACAAAUAAUACUAUCCAAGCCGGAGAAGCGAGCAGGCCGUCGGCAGGGAGGGCUAUGGAGGACAAGAAGGACAAGUGAGGGCUCGGUCCCAAAAGUCCAAACUGGUGCCGAAACAAAUGCCUGGGAAUCCCAAGAAUCGCUUGCAGAGCAGCUCCGGGCUCUGGAGAUCCCUUUGCUUCCAGUUAAUCUUUCUUUUUAUUAUUAUUUUUUUAAGACCACCGUUCCCACAUUUAUAUCGCUUUUUAAAAAACCUUUUUUUGCACUUUAACAAAAGAAGAAAUACACAGCUUUAAGUUCUUCCUGUGUACCAGUUAGUGCCUUUCUCCAAAAGCAAGAGGAACGACAACCUUGCAUCCUCAUUUCUUCUUCCUUCGACUUAACCUGCCUCGGGAUGCUUGCCGAUUGCGAUGCUUCCGCUUGCCGCAGCCGCCUUUCUCUGGAGGAAAUGUUGCCUGAUGUGGAAGAUGGCAAAAAGGGCAUGGUACCGUUCGCCGGGAUCAAAUCAGAAGCAAAAAGAAAAGCAUCCCUGUCUCCCCCAUGUUCUUUUCGGAACCUUUUUGUGCCUUUUGUGAAGCUGAGCAGCACCUUUGUGCCUCUGGCUGGACAGAGAACCAUUAGAAACCAAACCCAGAAAGUUUGUGUUGGGGAACAGCUAACUUCCUUUGCAGUUGUCUAUAUACAGCAUUGCAGCAUUUUGAUAUCAAUAUCUGUGCCUUCUUGAUAGUCUUCUGUCUGCCCUGCUUUUACAGUUGGGCAAAAUAAGCCUGUAUUUGCUUAGCAGCCCACCAAACUUGUAGCAAAGUUUUGGAAUGUCAGGUCAAAGUGUGUUUGGUUCUGGUGCUUCCUCUUAUUCGUCCUGUGCUUCUUGUACCAAAAAGACGUUCUCCUCCUCGCUGCCCUUAGUAUCUCAGCUUCUUUUGUAUCCUGAAGAGCUUCAUACCUACCACAUUUCCUCCUCCUUGGUGUUCCUUUCCCUUCUGUUUUCCUCUCCUUUCCAUCUGAAUGGCUGUCCAUUCCUUCUGAUAUACAGUAGUGUUCCGAUUAUCCGAUUUCCGCUUAUCCGACACAACGUAUUAUCCAAUGCGCUGGCUUCUCGCCCCUCCCCAAUGCUGCCCGGUGCUUGGAGAGGCCUACUGUGUGACCGGCGCAGGCUUUUCCCUCCCUGCAAGCACCAGGCACUUGGAGGGGCCCCCUGCACAUUGCUGCCUAGAAAAACAAUGCUUUUUCUAGGCAGCCAGGUGCUUGCCGGGAGGGAAAAGUCUCCUCCCUCCUGCCAAGCACCAGGCUUGGAGCCUUGCUGCUUAGAAAUACAGCGCUUUUUCUAGGCAGCAACGGAGCUCUUGAAGCCCGGUGCUUGGGAAGGAAAAAGUCUCCUCCCUCCCUGCCAAGCACUGGGGUUGGAGCCUUGCUGCCUAGAAAAACAGCACUUUUUCUAUGCAGCAACGGGGCUCUUGAAGCUUGCUGUUCUGCAAGCUAAGACAAAAAAAGUCUCCCUUCCUGCUAAGCACUAGGCUUGCAGCCUUGCUGCCUAGAAAAACAAAGCUUUUUUUAGGCAGCAAUGGGGCUCUUGAAGACCGGUGCUUGGGGAGGAAAAUGUCUCUUCCCUCCCUGCCAAGCACCAGGCUUGCAGCCUUGCUGCCUAGAAAAACAAUGCUUUUUCUAGGCAGCAACGGAGCUCUUGAAGCCCGGUGCUUGGGGAGGAAAAAGUCUCCUCCCUUCCUGCCAAGCACCGGGCUUGCAGCCUUGCUGCCUAGAAAAACAGCGCUUUUUCUAGGCAGCAACAGAGCUCUUGAAGGCCGGUGCUUGGGAAGGAAAAAGUCUCCUCCCUCCCUGCCAAGCACCGGGCUUGCAGCCUUGCUGCCUAGAAAAACAGCAUUUUUUUCUAGGCAGCAAUGGGGCUUUUGAAGCCCAGUGCUUGGGGAGGAAAAAGUCUCCUCUCCCUGCCAAGCACUGGGCUUGCAGCCUUGCUGUCUAGAAAAACAAUGCUUUUUCUAGGCAGCAACAGGGCUCUUGAAGCCCGGUGCUUGGGAAGGAAAAAGUCUCCUCCCUCCCUGCCAAGCACCAGUCUUGCAGCCUGGCUGCCUAGAAAAACAACGCUUUUUCUAGGCGGCAACGGAGCUCUUGAAGCCCGGUGCUUGGGGAGGAAAAAGUCUCCUCCCUUCCUGCCAAGCACCGGGCUUGCAGCCUUGCUGCCUAGAAAAACAGUGCUUUUUCUAGGCAGCAACACAGCUCUUGAAGCCCAGUGCUUGGGGAAGAAAGUCUCCUCCCUCCCUGCCAACCACCGGGCUUGCAGCCUUGCUGCCUAGAAAAACAACGCUUUUUCUAGGCAGCAACAGGGCUCUUGAAGCCUGGUGCUUGGGGAGGAAAAAGUCUCUUCCCUCCCUGCCAAAUUCCCAGCUUGCAGCCUUGAAAAUCAGUGUUUUUUUCUAGGCAGCAACACAGCUCCUAAGGCCCGGUGCUUGGGGAGAAAAAAAUCUCUUUCCUCCAUGCUAAGCACCCAGCUUGCAGUCUUGCUGCCUAGAAAAACAGCGUUUUUUUUCCAGGCAGUAACACAGCUCUUAAAGCCCAGUGCUUGGGGAGGGAAAAGUCUCUUCCCUCCUUCCAAUCACCCAGCUUGCAGCCUUGCCGUCUAGAAAAACAGUGCUUUUUCUAGGCAGCAACACGGCUCUUGAAGCCCAAUGCUUGUGGAGGAAAAAGUCUCUUCCCUCCCUGCCAAGUACCCAGCUUGCAGCCUUCUUGCCUAGAAAAAUAGUGUUUUUUCUAGGCAGCAAUACGGCUCUUGAAGCCCAGUGCUUGGGAAGGAAAAAGUCUGCCAAGCACCAGGCUUGGAGCCUUGCUGGUUAGAAAAACAGUGCUUUUUCUAGGCAGCAACGGAGCUUUUGAAGCCCAGUGCUUGGGGAGGAAAAAGUCUCUUCCCUCCCUGCCAAGCACCAGGCUUGCAGCCUUGCUGCUUAGAAAAACAGCGCUUCUUCUAGGCAGCAACACAGCUCUUAAAGCCCGGUGCUUGGAGAGGAAAAAGUCUCUUCCCUCCCUGCCAAUCACCCGGCUUGCAGCCUUACUGUCUAGAAAAACAGCUUUUUUUUCUAGACAGCAACACGGCUCUUGAAGCCCAAUGCUUGGGGUGGAAAAAGUCUCUUCCCUCCUUGCCAUGCACCUGGCUUGGAGCGUGGAGAGGCUUGGAUAAUAGGGCCUCCCUAUUAUCCGACAGUUUCGGUUAUCCAACAUUCGGCCCACCCAUUUUUUGUCAGAUAACCGGAACUCUACUGUAUAUAAAUAAGCACAAGACCAACUUAUUUUUGAGACCAAUUGCAUUGAGAGGGAGAAGGGGAGGAAGGAAACCGAGCGGGCCAACUCACAUUCCUUCUGCCACCAUGCGCUUCCUUCUUUUGUUUUGUGGCAAUUCUGCUUUUAUGCUGUACCGCCGCUAUGCGUGUUACAAAAUCACUGCACUGUGUGAUCUUUGCCUCCCUUAUGCAGAACUAAAUCCCACCUUUUAAUGGGAUUUUAAUGGGUAACAUUCCUCGUGCUUUAGGGACUUCUUCCAAGCCGCUAUUACUAUGGACUGCGCAUGAUGGGGGUUGUAGUCUUACACGUCGGAUACGAAAUGUAUGCAUUGCUUUCUCAGUCUUCUCCUUGAGGUGCCCUUUAAUGUGUCAUGUUACUCUACAUCUGUUGAGUUGGCAUCAAAGGUCUCUUCCAUUCCUCCCCAUAUUACUCUGGGUAAAGUGUGGAAUCAUCCUGUUUCAAGAUUUCUUUCUCAUCCAAAUGUACUGUUUUUCACGACACUACAAAGAGAUGCCCUCUCUGCAUUCCCGGAUAACUUUCAGUGAGUUUGAAACUUGAAUUAUUCUUUUUUUAAGGCUUUCACGAUGUCUUAAACACGUUCUCCAAAGAGGAUAGGGAUCAUUCCGCUCAGACUGGAUGCCAGGUGUUUCCUUUCUGUCGCUGCUAAAAGGAGAAGGGAAAUGGGACCUGUGUCUCUGCUUAGAUGGGCAAGUGAUGCUGACAUGUUUCUUGCUCUUUGGAGCCUGUCUUCCUCUUUCUGUUUUAAAAAAACCUCCAUUAUAUUCUUGUCUUUUUUCGAUGUUUCUGCUGAGAACCGACACUAGAGGGGCUAUUUGUACAAUGCAAAGAGCGACAAAACAUGACAACAAAUCUUUCCACUUUUGCAGCUACGAAAAUAAAUACUUAAGAUGCUGA